GUAGUACGUACCGUGUCACGAGUAAUCAAGCAUGGCUGUUCUUUUAGCAUUUGCUGCCUUUCUCCUUUUCUCUUCUUCUCCAGCACUGAGCUAUACAUGGCCUGAUAACGUCACCCAGUACAGUGGGUACAUGGAUCUUACCGAGCAACACGGGGUUGCCUAUUUCUACUGGUUCUUUGAAAGUCGUAGCGAUCCGUCCAACGAUCCUCUUGUCCUUUGGUUGACUGGUGGCCCUGGCUGCUCCAGCCUCCUUGCUCUCUUUGGUGAGAACGGCCCCUUCCUUCUAAACACGACGGAUACCCCGGCUUACAAUCCUUACUCCUGGAACAGCUUUGCUAAUCUCCUCUACGUGGAUCAACCCGCCGGUACUGGUUUCUCUUUUAUCACUGAUAAAGCUAAACACGACACCAACGAGGGUGAGAUUGCUGGGGCAUUGUGGAACUUUAUCGUAAUGUUCUAUGAGAAAUACCCAAAGUACUCGGAACAUGACCUUUACAUCAUUGGUGAGAGCUAUGCUGGUCAUUAUGUUCCAGCAAUUGGUAGGUACAUAUCAAAACUUGACAUUGCAUAUGCCACUAAUCUUAAGGGGAUUGCUAUCGGUAAUGGAUGGGUCGAUCCACUCAUUCAGUAUGGACAAUAUGCUCCUUAUGCUUAUGCAAAUGGCCUCAUUGAUAAAGCUGUACUUGAUACAGCUGCUGGAAUGUAUGAUGUCUGCAAAGAGUUGAUCAAGUCCGGAGUGUGGCCAGUAGCAUUUGAGGAGUGUCAGUUGAUAGAAACUUUAGUCCUUACAGCU